GGUUCUCGUGCACAACCCAAUUCUGCGCCGAUGAAUUUCUCCGCGGCUUUAUCAAGCGCGCUGGUUGUCGGGGGCACGGAAUGGGGUCGACGCUUUCACACUGAGGCCCAGGAAAAGAGGCGCUUUUAUACCGGUAGUCUGGAAAGCCGCGCUGGAAUCUGUGAUGGCAUAACAGUUGGUCGCUCCAAGGUCCCCAACUGCCGUGUACAGACAGCAUUUACCGAGGAUUGACAAGUGCCGGGGACUGCGGAAUGCAUUACGGGUGUCUCAUGAUGCCAGUCUUUAGUUGUAAUUAUUUCCGUUGCCGCUA